UUGGACUAGGUGUCAUUGCUCAUUCAGUUUUUCUCUCUUUCUUCCUGGAUGCCGCGAAUCGAGACGGAAUCCAAAUUCCAAGCAUGAAAACGUAGGAAUCCAAUUCCUAAGGAUCAUAAACAGCUAUGGCAAAUCAUUCCUCAUCAUACCCAAUCCUCUGCGCUUCCUUCAAUCAAGAUACAAGUUACUUUGCGAUUGGCACGAGGGAUGGAUUCAAAGUGUUCGAUUCCGAAACAGGGACUCUACGUUACGAGCGAGCUAUUGGAGGUUUCAUCAUUGUUGAGAUGCUGUUUAGCUCUAGUCUUCUUGCCAUUGUUGGAGCUGGUGAGCAGCCAUCUUUAUCCCCACGCCGUCUCUGUUUGUUCAACACUACCACUGGAGCUGCCCGCCGAGAACUAAAUUUUUUAACUUCUGUCCUUGCCAUUCGUCUAAAUAGGAAAAGACUUGUUGUAGUGUUGCAAGAAAAGACAUACAUUUAUGAUCUAAAUAGCCUCUCUAUCUUGGACACUAUAGAUACUGUGCCGAAUUCAAAAGGACUUUGUGCAUUCUCCCCAAGUUUGGAUGGUUGCUUUUUGGCUCUUCCAGCAAGCACAACCAGAGGAUCUGUGUUAGUGUACAACGUUAUGGAGCUCCAUUCACAUUGUGAGAUAGAUGCUCACCGCUCACCACUGGCUGCAAUUGUCUUCUCUCCCAAUGGGAUGUACAUAGCAACAGCAUCUGAGCAGGGAACCAUAAUCAGAGUUCAUCUCAUUUCAGAAGCAACUAAGCAGUCUUACAGUUUUAGAAGGGGGGCAUACCCUUCCACUAUAUUUUCCUUGUCAUUUGGGCCAUCUACACAAUUUCCUGAUGUACUUGUAGCCACAAGUUCUUCAGGUUCUGUUCAUGCUUUCUCUCUGGGACUUGGCAUGAAUCAAAGAAGCAGAAGAUCAAGUAGUUUCUUUGGAUCUAUUAUACCCGACUCUGUAAAUGAUGUGUUGGAUCCAGCUCAUCAUGUACUUCACAAUGUUGUGCCUGCAGGAGUUAAAAGUUAUGCGGUGAUUCGCAAGGUUGACAGAGUUCCAGACACAUCUAUAUCUGAAUCUGUAGCUUACAGGGCUACUGUGUCUAUUAUCACCUACAGCGGGUCCUUCCAGGAAUACACCUUAAUUAUCAACCAAAAAAAUGAGUCAUCAUGGCAUUUGGAGCGCCGAUUCGACCUCUUAACAGCAAUUUCAGAUAACAUCAUCAGUUCAUGAUGAUUUAGAAUUUGCAUUACAUCUGAUCUUGGAGCCAGUUGAAGUGCAUGAUGAUAUUGCAACCUGCUAGCCCAGGUUGAGAAUGUUUGCAGCUUGUAUUUCUAUUGUUUCCAAGGUUUCAGAUCCGAGAAAACAGGUUGCAGAAAAAGCUAUGUGAAGAUAACAUUAUAAUGCACUUGGAUUGAUCAGCAGACAGCGAAGACUCAAAAUAGAGGUGGCUUCAAAAUAUUGCUGUAAAUUAAGCUAGGCUUGUGACCCUCAAUUUAGUAUAUAACAUGAUUUAAGAUGGUCACUGGCUGCAGCUCCCAACAUAAUAUGGAUUGGGAAGGCUUGUAAGUUAAAACCACGAAAUAUAGGGUGCAUGUAUUUAUCAUAAUUCGGUUGGUUCUAAUGUUAAUAUCUAUUUGCUCCAAUGUCCUCAAAAAGUGAGGGAAUUUUGGGUGUUGUUUCUC